AGUCAUAUACAUGAAUUCAAAAAUUUGGGAUGUUAUGUGAAUUUUCUAUAAAGGGGAAUAAUAACGUUCCUUCGACAAAUAAGAAUUUGUUAACUUAAAGCAAUUACUGUUUACCCUUUGAUGAAAAGCAAACAAUAUAUUAUGGAUUUACCGCCAGUUUAGUAAGUGUUUGCACUUUAAAAGGAUAUUAAAAAGAGAAAAGUUGGCAAAAAUAAAAUUCAGUUUUUAAAUUUUAGAAAAGAUGGCAAGAAUUGCACCCUCUAAUAUAAAUAUACCACUUAAAAACGAUGCAAAAAUGUUACGCACCUCUAGUGCAUCUAGUAGUUGUUCAAGUUGGAUUCUAGAACUUUCCGAUAAAAUAGGGUUCUUUUCUUUUCCUGGAAUCCUGUUCUGGAUUGGACUACCAUUGAUUCCUAUUGCCUGCUAUAUAAUUUUAGAAGUAUGGAAUUCAGAAAACUCGAUAUCUUUGACACUUGCCAUUCUGGUUAUAGAUGUUACAUUUCUAGCUGGGCUUCUCAGUAUCCCGAUAUUUCAUUUUAAUUUGAAGCUUUAUACCCCGGAGUUCUUUCAGGAUAGAAACCUUGAGAUACCUGAGCACUAUAUGCUCAUGAUCAGCUCACUGAUCUUUAUGCUGAUAUCCGUUCCAAUAAACAUUAUGGGGAUCAUUGAAGCCAGCUCAUUCCAGGGACACAAUUUAAUGAAUACUGGGAGGUGGUUGAACCACAAAGACCUAGUUGAACUGCACAGCUGUGUACCGGUUCAAGUUCAAGAGACGUGGUUCAACUUCUUUUUUCUAUUCAUCAAAUUUGUGUGGCAGGACUAUCUGACUGAAGCAUGUGUAUUGAUUGAGACACUGCUGAUAACUCUCUACCAUGCAAUUCUACUGGUAGUUGUGGGAUCUAUUCUAAGAAGGUUUAAAUAUGAUUGUACCAAGAUCAAUGGUGUUGAACACGUUGAAAACAUGUAUUUACCAAUAUAUAACCUUCUACAAACAUACAGGAAAUUGAAAAGUGGACUUGGACUUGGACUUCUUUUGGUGUUUUCCUCCAAAAUUCUGAUUCUUAUAUUUUUCCUUUUCUCCAUUGUGAUUAACACAAAAUGUCGGCCUGACAGUUUACUUGGAACUAUUGAUUCUAUUUCUACUUGUAUCUGCACAAUAUUCAGUCUUAUGUUUAUAACUCUCUCAGUUGAUGAUUGCCAUACAGAGUUCAAACAAUCUGUUCAAAUUCUAAGGUAAAACAAAAGAGUUUUGCUAGAACAAUAUUUCUUGAAAUAAAAAAAUGA